ACUUGAUACCUUAGAAACGCCAUGAAAGUGACCUAAACAUGCGUUUUAAUUACUUUUACCUCUUUUGUGGGCAACUUUAUGAUGCUAAGCUUCCUCACCUAACAAGGCAAUCAAAGUAUAUAUACUUGCUUAUAAUUAUCACCAACACGUAAAUGUCGUACAACCUUACAAUGUCGUUAAUUAAAAAUAGAAAGAUGAAUGUUAAGAUUUGAAAUCUGACAACAUAUAAAGCAUGAGAAUCUUGAAAUCCUUUUCUUUGGAUUGUGGAUUUAAGGAAAGAAUACAAAAAUAGUAUUCCAUCAAGCAAUUGAAACAAAAUGGAAAAUGGUAUCCCUACAAAUAUUUCGAAAUUAAACCUAUUUUCAUGUAUAGUUAAGAUGCAAUUAAUUGCAAGAGCAUUAAAAGCGUGUCAAGAAAGGCUUCGUAUACCAGUUGUACAACAAUUACACAGAUACACCGACAAUGCAUUGAUAGUAGAAUCUCAAAAGGGUAUGGAAAACACAACGGUGGCUGAAGUUUUAAUGACAAAAGAAGAUGGGAAAGUUGGAUCUUGGCUAUGGUGUAAGACCGAUGACACAGUGUAUGAUGCUGUGAAACAUAUGGCUCGAAACAAUAUUGGAUCUUUAGUCGUUUUAAAGCCCGGAGAUGAACAAAUGAUUGCAGGAAUCAUCACUGAAAGAGAUUACUUGCAGAAGGUAAUCGUCAAGGAUAGAUCAUCUAAGUACACGAGAGUUGGCGAAAUCAUGACACAACAGAACAAGCUCGUAACCGUGUCCUCUGAUACAAACAUUUAUCAAGCAAUGCGACUAAUGUCAGAAAACCAAAUACGACAUGUCCCAGUCAUAGACGGAAGGAUAGUCGGGAUGAUUUCAAUUGUUGAUGUUGUACGAGCAGUGGUUGAUCAACAAAGCAAUGAAGUGAACAAACUGAACGAAUUCAUCAAAGGCGACUACUACUAGCUAGCAUUUGUCGUAACUAUUGUUUGUUUCUCUAGCUAGCAUUUGUCAUAACUAUUGUUUGUUUCUCUAUUUUCUAACAACUCGUGUAUCAUCUUUUUAAAUUUUCACAAGGUAUUGGUUGUUCGAUAAUAAUAUAUCAAGUCC